CGUUUACCCAUCCGCGCCGGAACUGAUUUCGGGAUGCGGGAGCGGUUGGUCCGCGCUCGGCGCGGUGGGGGAGAAGAGGCAAGUGAUUGGCACGGGCGCUCAGCCAAUGAGGAGGCGCGUCUGGUGCGGACCCUGUGGCGAUUGGCCUGCAGCGGCGCUGCCUCACCAAUGGGAUGGGAGGUUGUGCGGGGCCGGGCCCGAGCCCGAGCGGGAACAUGGCCGCGGAGCCGGAGAGCCCGAACCCCAGCGCCCGCAUCAUGACGUUCCGCCCCAGCGCCGAGCAGUUCCGGGACUUCAGCCGCUACGUCGCCUACAUCGAGUCCCAGGGCGCGCACCGGGCCGGGCUCGCCAAGGUAAUUCCCCCAAAGGAGUGGAAACCGCGAACAUGCUAUGAUGAUAUUGAUGAACUGGUCAUCCCGGCUCCAAUUCAGCAGGUGGUGACUGGACAAUCUGGCCUCUUCACACAGUAUAACAUCCAGAAGAAGGCUAUGACUGUCCGGGAAUUUAGAAGAAUUGCAAAUAGUGACAAGUACUGCACACCCCGAUAUACCGACUUUGAGGACCUUGAGCGGAAAUACUGGAAGAACCUCACUUUCAAUGCCCCCAUCUAUGGUGCUGAUGUUAAUGGCACACUCUAUGAGAAGCAUGUACAUGAGUGGAAUAUUGGCAGGUUGAACACAAUCCUGGACGUAGUGGAGAAUGAAAGUGGCAUAACCAUUGAGGGAGUGAAUACCCCUUACCUCUACUUCGGCAUGUGGAAAACCUCCUUUGCCUGGCAUACUGAGGACAUGGACCUCUAUAGUAUUAAUUACUUGCACUUUGGAGAACCCAAGUCAUGGUAUUCCAUCCCUCCAGAGCAUGGGAAGCGACUGGAGCGACUUGCAAAAGGCUUCUUUCCAGGAAGUGCCCAGAGUUGUGAAGCUUUUCUCCGUCACAAGAUGACCCUCAUCUCUCCAUUGAUAUUGAAGAAAUAUGGCAUCCCAUUUGAUAAGGUGACACAGGAAGCUGGAGAAUUCAUGAUAACAUUCCCUUAUGGUUAUCAUGCUGGCUUUAAUCAUGGGUUUAAUUGUGCUGAAUCUACCAACUUUGCUACUCUUCGGUGGAUUGAAUAUGGAAAGCAGUCUGUGUUAUGCUCAUGUCGGAAGGAUAUGGUGAAGAUCUCCAUGGAUGUUUUUGUGAGGAAAUACCAGCCAGAUCGCUACAAGCUCUGGAAAGCAGGGAAAGAUGUGACUGCCAUUGACCACACUCUUCCCACACCAGAGGCAGCAGAGUUCUUCAAGGGGGAGCUCCUCCAGAAAGUCAAGAAUGGGAAGCAGUGCAGUGAGGAAAUAGAAACUGGGGAGGCAUGUAAAGAGGAUGUGGACAUGGACGAGAAGAAGAGUUUGCCCAAGCAUCGCAUAGGAACCAAGAGGCACAGGGUCUGCCUCGAGGUGCCCCAAGAGGUGAGUCAAAGCGAAGCCUUUCCGAAGGAGGAGCUGAGCUCUGUGCAGUAUGAGGUGGAAGUGGCAGAGCCUCCUGUCAGACCCACUAGUGAGCUUGUGCAGCAGGGCGAAGAUGGACUCCCAGUUUCAGAUUAUGUGGAUUCUUCAGAAGUCAAAUUUGAAGAACUGAAAAAUGUGAAACUGGAGGAGGAGGAGGAAGAGGAGGAAGAGCAAGAGGCAGCUGCCCUGGAUCUUUCCAUUCCUCAUUCAGUCAAUUCCACCUCGGCCUUCACUGCUUCUAAGCCGAGUUCAGCUUUCAGCCUUCAGCCCAGCUCUCCAGCAGAGUCUACUUCUUCCGACUCGGAGUCAGCCGAGCUAUUGCCCCGACGAACGCUCGGCCAGGCCACGGUUCUUACUGUUCAUAGCUAUGCUAAAGGAGAUGCCAAUGGCGCUGACCGUGAACAUGCUUCAGGGAAGAAAGCCAGCACUACAGCCAGUGUGAAUGAACAGGAGCUUGCAGAGGUGGCGAAGGAGUACAUGAGAUCAAUGAAAGAGAGUAAAAAGUCAAAGGGUCGUCGCCAGCCCUUGAGCAAACUUCCUCGUCAUCAUCCUCUUGUGGUUAAAGACUGCAUCAGUGAUGAUGAGAUGUCGGAGCAACUGACUCCUGAAGAAGAGGCUGAGGAAACAGAGGCUUGGGCCAAACCACUUAGCCAGCUGUGGCAGAAUCGCCCUCAGAAUUUUGAGGCAGAAAAAGAAUAUAAUCAGACCAUGGCUCAGCAGCCCCCUCACUGUGCUGUAUGCAUGCUCUUCCAAACCUACCAGGCAGAAUGUGGAGGCCAUGGUCAGAGCCCUGGAGUUGCUCCAGGUACUGCCACCAGGAAGGUACGAACCAAACCUCUGAUUCCUGAGAUGUGCUUCACUGCAACUGGCUGCAGCACUGACCUCAAUCUCUCAACCCCUUACCUGGAGGAAGAUGGAACAAGUGUCCUGAUCACCUGCAAAAACUGCAGUGUCUGUGUUCAUGCUAGUUGUUAUGGUGUGUCCCCUGACAAGGCCACUGAAGACUGGAUGUGCUCCAGGUGUACAGCCAAUGCUUUAGAGGAGGACUGCUGCUUGUGUUCAUUACGAGGAGGUGCGCUGCAGAGAGCCAAUGAUGACAAGUGGGUCCAUGUGAUGUGUGCCGUAGCUGUACUGGAGGCAAAAUUUGUGAAUAUUGCAGAGCGCAGUCCAGUGGAUGUUGGCAAAAUCCCCCUGCAGCGCUUCAGACUGAAAUGCAUCUUCUGUAAGAAGCGGAGGAAGAGAAUUGCAGGUUGCUGUGUGCAGUGCUCUCAUGGUCGCUGUCCUACGUCCUUUCAUGUCAGCUGUGCUCAAGCAGCUGGAGUCAUGAUGCAGCCUGAUGAUUGGCCAUUUGUUGUCUUCAUUACCUGCUUUAGGCAUAAGAUUCCAUCCCAGGCAGAGCGAGCUAAAGCUGCUCUGCAGGAUCUCUCAGCUGGGCAAAUGGUCAUCAGCAAGCACAAGAACGGUCGUUUCUAUCAGUGCGAAGUGGUCAAUCUUACAAAGGAAACCUUCUAUGAAGUCAACUUUGAUGAUGGCUCCUUCAGCGAUAACCUCUAUCCAGAGGACAUUGUGAGUCGAGACUGUCUUCAGCUGGGUCCUCCUGCUGAAGGAGAAGUCGUGCAAGUCAGAUGGACAGAUGGACAAGUCUAUGGAGCCAAAUUUGUGGCCUCACAUGCCAUCCAGAUGUACCAGGUGGAAUUUGAAGAUGGAUCCCAGCUGAUGGCAAAGAGAGAUGAUGUGUACACCCUUGAUGAGGAGCUUCCAAAGAGAGUCAAAUCAAGGCUGUCAGUAGCUUCAGAUAUGCGCUUCACAGAAAUCUUCACAGAGAAGGAGGUCAAACAAGAGCGGAAGAGACAAAGAGUGAUCAACUCACGCUAUCGGGAGGAUUACAUCGAACCUGCACUGUACCGGGCCAUCAUGGAGUAAGCACUGCCUAUGGUAGAGAAGGAGAGAUGCCAACCUCCCAAUGGAUUCUAACACUCCAGUACAACAGAGGCCAAACUUGGACAUUUCAAAUCCAUGUUUUUUUUUUUAAAAGGAAGCUACAAUACUGUACCCUGCAGUAGCUGAAAGGAGAUUGUUGGACGGUGGAACCAUUCAGUGUUGCAACAGUGGAUGCCUGCCUGCAGGCUCCUCCCCUGAAGUUGUCUGCACUGAACAAGUAUCCGGCAAGCCAGCUUGGGAGUUCUGCCUUCCACAGCUUAUCUCCUCAAACAGUCUCUCACUGUUUCUGCUUGUCUGAGACAAAAUUGACAGGUGGCAAACUCUUCUGGGAACUUCACCUGGGCAUCUUGGCAGCUGCAGGAGGAUACAAAGUGUGUAGUUUUUGUUGAAUAAUGUUCCUGAUUCUGGGAGUCUCUCCCCAAUGGCCACACCUGCACCGAGCAGGCAGUAUUACUGGUGCUUGACAUUGAACCCCUUUUUAUAUUUAUAUCUGUGUGUUUUGUCUGGAGCAGCUUCAGUUUCUUGUUUCUCAGCAUCUGCCCUCUGAGGGUGGAGCCUCAGGCUGUGCAGAGCCAAGUGGAUUGGAGGCGUUUGUGUGAAGAGAUGAAAUGUGAAAAUCAAAUCCGAUUGGACAAGCUAUUUAACCCUCCAUUUAGCUUUUGUUCUGAUUUGAUAUUUUGAGACUUACUCGUGUUUAACUGUAAUGGUCUGUGCCUACGUAUAAAUAGGAAUCUGUCUGGAGCCUCCUGCAGUGCAGCCCUCUAACAAGAAUAUUCAUUCAGCCCCCAAAGAGUACUUUAGCGUAGGCUUCACUAAGGCAAUAAAGACCAAAGGGUCCUCCUAGAGAGCCAAGCACCACAGUAUUGGUUAUGCCAGGGCAGCAGGAUCUGUAGCAUCCAGCACCUUGUCUGUGGCUAUGCUGCCACACGCUCUUACCUAGGAUAAUUAGAUGUGAGUCUAGGACCCAGUUACAAGAUGCACUGAACUGUACCUGUUAAUGAAUGGUUGUGUAGUGCCACGCAGAAGCAGAAGUGCUGCCACGUUCUUCUGUCUGGCCACAGCUGGUAGGGCAUCUGUUCUUUCAAAUCCUGUGUAGAGCAUUAAUUGGACACACUCUUAGUUGUAUCGGAUAGACUUGACUAUCCCAGCAAUGGAAAGCUGUCGAUUGAGGAGCCAGGCAUUGCGUGUAUCCUGAAGAUGUUCUGACAUGCUCCUAGUAAAGCAUUAACAAGUUAAAGCAGCAAUUGAAUAAGGAUGUGUGGCUUUCCCACCCUCUGGGAAAGGGAUUUUAGACUGUGGGCAGACUGGCUGCCUUCCAGCUGCAUGGAGUGACUUGGGUAGUUUCCCUUUGUUGAGAGAAAAAAUCGUACAAAUAUACUCAGUUUUUUUAUUUUAAUUCUCUUCACUGACAUAGACCCAUCGCUGUAGUAAAGGGACCUUGUGUACACAAGACCCUGAUUUAUAGCAGUUUCCUCUUUGUUUCUAUAAGAACACUAUAAACCAAAUUAUUUUGAAAUCUGGUGCAUCAACUUGUUGAUUAGCAAUAAAAUGUAGUGUUGUGCAGUGACUUUUUGACUCUUGAUCAGCAAAAUAAUAAACAACAAGCUUUUUUGAAAAAUAAUCCUCUGUUUAUACCAAAACUCUUCUAGGAUCAGGAUACUGAUGUGACUAUACAAAUUUCUAGUGCUCAGGCUUGCUCUUGGAUGUCCUUCUCUUACAAUGUGUGGGAGAAGCCCUUGUUAAUCAGCAUUUGGGCAGAUUCCUGGAAGGAACAGGGCCUUCACUUUGUACGUUUUCCCAGUAACUUAAUUCAUCGUGGUCAGUUUCAAAUGUUAAUGAAUCAUUCUGUAAGCAUUGGAAUUGUUAACAUGUAAAACUGGGACAUUGUAAAAUUGUCAUAGUAUCUGCAAGUGUGCAGGUGUACGAAAUGAGAAUUGGUUAGAGCUGCAAGUUGGCAACUCCUUUCGAUGCCAUUUUUGUGACUAACGAAAGGAAGGGAAGCUGCCAGCAUCUCUUUGAAUCUGCCCUCUAGUCUUCUAAUGUACCUGGGAUUCACUUUAAUUCCCUCUAGACUGAAUGCUGUCCUGUUCAUCACGGGAAAAUCUAUUCUGCUUUCCCCCCCCCCCCCCCAAAAAAGGGG